AGUCGGAAAGGCACGUGAUGUGUAGAGAUUUCCUUCGCAGAUCAGUGGGUUACAGAUAGUUAAAUGACUGUUUGAGCCGGUAAAUGUCACAUGUUUAUGUGCUCAGUGAUAAACGUGGAGUAGAGUUACCGUAAUCUCAAACCGUAAGGAUGCUAAAGCCGAAAGUUCUCACUGAAAUCUUGGGCCAGGCAAUCAGUGGAGGAGUCAUCAGCUCACUGUAAGUCUUCCAGAUAAAGCUUUUCUACACCUAAAGAUUGACCCUUAAACACUGAGUUCAACCGCUAAAGGUAAUGAAGAUUCUUCAUGAAGGGUAAAGAACACUCUAAGGAUGAUGGACGAAUAUACUGCUGGUUAUUAAACUCGAUUGCUAUAACACUUACUCAUCGUUAAACGUUACAUGUUAUAAAUCACAUGUGAAGGCUUGCAUGCACAUCAGUGUAAUGAAAGAGCGACCUAUUCAUGACCAUUAAACUCAGAGAAUGGUUCAGAAAUCACGUGUCAUGGAAGGUAACGAUUUGAUAAUCACACGAGGUAUGAAAGUAAAAUAAAGCGAGUUUGCUUCGAACUUAGCAGUUACCUAAAUAAUCAGUUUCUAUUAAUUAAUCUUUGCUAGUUCUUCCACAGACAACCUUCAACAGAAUUUCCAAAGGACCAAAUGUUACAUUAGUAAUUAAAACUGAACCAAAAUAAAAAUUUGGCAGCACCAUUAUCCUUUUUUUUCAGUUUAGUUUACAAUGAUACGAAAAACUGUCAGAGAUAGUUGCUACAAUGUAUAUGGCACUGUUAGUUUUACUCUAAAUCAGUCUCAUUGAACAUCAGGACUGAUUUCAUUUUCUAAUUAAUUAUUCAUGUGAUGGGCAAAUCUUUUGGGUCAAAACAGUGUACAUCCCAAUAAUACUUGGCAACAUGAGAUGACUGUUACUUGUGCUUAUCUAUACUCUGGUGUCAGUGCCUGGAUGUAUCUUUUAACUAAAUUACUUAAACAAGUCAAAUGAAAAUGUAUAAACCAUACUACACCCUACUGGUUUACAUCAAAUUUUGAAAUGGAAAAUUUUACCAAAUACGAUUUAUCCAAUUUAUUUGUUUGUUUAUUUAUUUACCUAACUAUUCACAAGUAGACAAUUGUGUAUGUUGCUUACUUUAUUGUAAAAAUAUUCCCCUUAGACUUAUCAACCAAGAGGGCUCACUGUUAUCAUAUGCUGGAUCAGGUGAUAAGGAUGCUAAAGUGACAGCAGCCAUUGCAUCUAGUAUAUGGGCAGCAUAUGAAAAAAAUGGAAAAAUGGCCUUCCAUAGUGAUGAGCUUAAAAUGAUCUUCAUGGAUUGUGAGGUUUGUAUCUGUUCACUUUAUCUUAUACCAACUAGUCUGUUCAUGUAUACUUUCUAACUUUUGGCUGUUUGGCCUCUUACUUAGAGUCAGGUGCAAAUAUGUUAAAAAGUGCUUAGUAGUGGUUGCAAGUAUACACAUGUCAAUAUAGACAUUCACAAAUUUUUUUUUAUCAGCUAACAUUUAGCUCAUGGGAGAUGCACCAGCCUUUGGUUUCUGAGGCACCUGCUAGUUUACAUAACAAUAAAUUACCUGUUUUGAUCUGAAAUGCAUUUUAUCUGGUGUUGUUUUUUUAUGCCUGGCUACUAAAAAGUUUCAAGAGAACACUUUUCUAGUGAUAUGGGCCACUGGAUUUGAAAGAAUACUUUGCAUUUUCCUGAUUGCACCUUAUGUUAACUACACCAAAUCUAAGGGAAACAUCAACAACUUUUUCUUAGAGAAUCAAUACUUUACAGAGAGAUGUGCCUCUCAGGUGAUGUGAGUCACAUCAGUACUCAAAGUGAGAAUCUCCAGAUCAUUGCAAGUGUAAUUUUUGCUGUUCUUACUGAAAGCAAUGCAAAGUAAGUGUCAAGCCAGAGUCUGCAGACUUUGAAUAAAACUCUUAGAUAGUAUUGAGAGUUUUGUUCUUUUCUGUUAUUUUCUCCAGGCACUAUCUACCAAAUAAUAAAUUUGCAAGUCCAUGAUUUAAUAAAAUAAGGCAAUUCUACCAAAGAACUUCACACAUCAACUCCUGUUUUUCUGUAUACGUGCCAUCAUGUUAAGAUAAAUGUUGUGCAUCUGUUGAUUCAGUAGUUCUAUGGUAGAACUAUGACAGGUUUAGGAGAUUCCUUUAAAACUGAAUGUCUUACUUCAAGGCUAGAAUUGAAUGGUUAUGCUCAUUACUUGAGUUUGUAAUAAUUGAUAUUUCCUUUUUUGUUAAGGAGGGAAAAGUUGUCAUCACAAGGGUGGCUAAUCUAAUCCUUUGUCUUUAUGCACAACAAUCUGUAGGACUAGGAAUGCUCAAAGCAAAGGUAUUGUCAAUAUUCCUUCUGUUAAAUGCCCACUACAUUUAAUUGUGAACACAAGAAAUGGACCAGUUAGUACAGGUUUAAAUUUAACUUAAUUUUUUUACAGUAAAGUUUAUUUUAUGUUUGAACAGGCAGAAGCAUUAGCUGAAUACCUCGAGCAACCACUGAAACAAGUUGCCACAUCAUGACAAGAUGAUUAAUUAAUCAAUUUACCCAUACACAGCCCUCAGUAACAAAACCAAUUAACAUAACUGAAGUGAUUUGCCAGGAAUCAUUUUCUCUCACUUUACCUUGUACUCCCAAUAUCUAGAUUUGUGUCAAUCCUCUUUUUAAGUUGAAAGGUUGAGUUUCAGAUGUGGUCAAUAAGCAAUCUAUCAUCUCUUUAAAAUAUCUAAAUAUUAACCUCCAUAUGGUGUGAAAAUUUUUUGUGAUAUUUGGUCAUGGACAUUGUCUGUUCCAAGAAGUGAACAAUUUUCUGAAAGCAGAGCUUGAGAAAACUGUGAGCUUCAAGGGGCAAAUGUCCAAGGGCAAAUAUACAUGCAAUAUGUCAAGCCUAGAGAAAGCCAUUGUGUUUAUUAUCCGUCAAAUACUUUUCAAACCACCUUAAAUGAAAUGUGCUCAGUCAACUAUUUGCAGAGGACUUUUUUUGCCUUAUUAAUUGUUGAAUUUUUUUUUUUUUUUUGACAAAUAUUAAUAGACAUUUCCCAGUUUUAGCAGGGGCAUGUUUAGUCACCUGGCACACUUUAGCCAAUUGUACUUACUGUGAGCUAAAAUGUUUGAUGGACCCUUGAAAGACAUUUUCAGUGAACAAGCACAAGGUCUUAAUUGAUGUAAACCCAAUUCUGGCAACUGAAACUAAGGAAUGUAUAGCAAUCGAAAAGGAGAAUUUAAAAUUGGAUUUUGAGUGGUUAGAGAGGGAGUUUGAUGUUGGAAUUCACAACUGAGGCCGAUAAUUAGAAUUUGUGAAGGCACAACCAGAUGCAUUGAUAUUCUACUAUUUUAAAUAAAUUAAGUUUGAAAUCUGAGGUUAAUAAAACACAAAACAUGAAAAUGUAGAGUUGAGUUGUCAAAACAUCUAAGAUAUAAGUUAAUGAUGGGACUUUGAUGAUGUUGGAAACAUCAACAACUUUUUCCUAAAUACUUUAUAGAGAAGUGUGCUUAUCAGGUGAUGAGUUACUGUUAGUAUUUAAUACCACUUUAAAUGAGAUUCUCUAGAUCAUUACAUGUAGUUUUUGCUGCUCUUACUGAGAGUAAAUCUAAGUUAAGCAUCAAGCCAGAGAAUGCAGAUUUUGAAUAAAACUCUUUGACA